GAGGGAAGAAGGCUGGCAUCAAGUUGUGUGUCUAGAGUGCACGGGCGCGUGCGGGGCUCGGGAGGAGGUGUGCGGCUCCUCUCUGGAGUCCGAGUGUUCCCCGCCGUUCUCUGUGCUGCCCGCGAGCGCCACUUUGGGGGGAAGAGCAGCCGCUUGCCCCCGUGGCGAGGCUGGGGAGCCGGACUUACUCAGCGCUAACGGGGACGAAGGCACUGAAGGCGUCCUUUCGGAGUAGCGUUUACUGUGCCCGCACUGUUUGUAGAGACAGUUUUAGGGGUCUAGAAUAACAGAACAAAUUGGAAAAAAUGUCCGAGACAACUUAUAUUGUAAAGAAAUUUUAGCAGACAAUGGAUUGCAAGAAAAGCCUAAAGAUUAGGUUGUAAGAAAAACAGAAGCCAUGUUUCGAAGACCUGUGUUGCAGGUAUUUCGUCAGUUUGUAAGACAUGAGUCUGAAGUAGCCAGCAGUUUGGUUCUUGAACGAUCUCUGAAUCGUGUUCAGUUACUUGGACGAGUAGGUCAGGACCCUGUCAUGAGACAGGUGGAAGGAAAAAACCCAGUCACGAUAUUUUCUCUAGCAACAAAUGAGAUGUGGCGAUCAGGGGAUAGUGAAGUAUACCAAAUGGGUGACGUCAGUCAGAAGACGACGUGGCACAGAAUAUCAGUGUUUCGACCAGGCCUCAGAGAUGUGGCAUAUCAGUACGUGAAAAAGGGGGCUCGUAUAUUUGUGGAAGGGAAAGUGGACUAUGGCGAGUACAUGGAUAAAAACAAUGUGAGGCGGCAAGCAACAACAAUCAUAGCUGAUAACAUUAUAUUUCUGAGUGACCAGACAAAAGAAAAGGCAUAGAACGGAUGAUUCUUCUUUGAUCAUUGUUUGGUACAGUCUCCUUUGCAAAUCAUGUAUAGUCUAUAGUUUAAAGAUAAAAAUUAAAUUUUUUAUAUGAAAUGAGUGGUAAUAUUUUUCUUGAUUGACAUAUCUUGUGUGUGUGUGUGUGUGUGUGUGUGUAUUAAGCCUGUCAUUUAUGGCACUUAUCAAUUGCUUGCUUUUUUAGGAGUGGUUUCUCUGUAGAAAGGUAGAAAGUAAUACAUUCUCAGGCUCCCUAUGUGUGCCAGGGCCAGGGCAUACAUCUGGAAAGCCCUUUCUGCUUCACACUUGUCCUGUGGUGUUUCACCACUGGUUACCUUAGAGCCUUAUGUCAGGAGUCUGUCUGUCAUCGUUGUAAACACUGAUGUUUUCACAUAUCUCUGUACACCUGUAGGUAAGUAGUGACUCUGUUUGGUGUUCCUGUACCUUUAGUUGUGUUGGCAUGGAAGAGCCACCAGUAAGUGCUGACAGGGAAAUGAUCCUGAAUUGAAGGAGACUACUGAACACUGGUUAGCAUUCUAAACUGUUAUAGAAUUAACCCCCCUUCAUAUCUUGUUUCUUGGUAGUUUUCCUGUAAUUUUUAUGAGACUUUAUCAGCACUAAGGACCUGAAUGAAGUGUAACUACAGAUGACAUAGUUCUUUUCCUGGUGUCAAGGCCUUCUUUCCACACCACUCUGUGUUAUCUUUUUCAGAGUUUAUUCCAUACGCUUAAGGGUGGAAAUGAGGAUCUUUGUCUGGUGCUCGGGAUUAAACCUAUGGUCAUGUUAGGCAGGCCCUCUCCGGUUGAGCUGUACCUACUUCAAAGAUCUUUUACCUUCGACUUUGCCUCCCUAGAGAGUCUGAAUAUAUUUAGUUAAUUUUGUUGUAAAUUUACUAGUAAUUUACCAAUAAAGAGUAGAUAAACU